UGGGAACUCUGGCCAUGUAGCCGAUGGAAGGAAGAGGUGGCCGAGAGAAGGAGGGAGUCGGAGCAGGCAGCGGACGGACGCGGGUUAGGGAGUGUGACAUGUGGAACAUCCCAGGAACACAUGUGAUGGCUGGAGCUCCAGCUUCAUUUUGGUUGGACCGUGAAGACAUGGGCUGCCCUGGGACUCGUCAAGGAACUUUGAAAAUCAUCCAACUCAAGAGACAGGGUCUUGCUAUGUAGCCCAGACCAGCUGCAAACUCGGGAUGCUUCAGCCUGCACUCCUGAGUGCUGGGAUUACAGGUUCCACAGCACUGGACCAGAGGAGAACCAGGUAGAAGAAACCCCUGAACUUGCCCAAGGAGUUCUGGCAGGUGGCUUGAGCAAGCGGUGGUGAAGAGCAGACAGCUUUGGACUGAGGACAGGAGAGAACCAGAGAGGAUGUGAGCAGUCAGAACUCUCCGGAAAGAGGGUCUGCAGGCUGUGUGCACUGCAGGUGGGGAGCUCUUGACCCUACACCUUUCCCCCCAUCUUCCAGAAUGACCCCAGACUGGCACAGUUCCUUGAUCCUCACGGCCUACAUCCUCAUCUUUCUUACUGGGCUCCCUGCCAACCUGCUGGCCCUGCGGGCCUUCAUGGGCCGGGUUCGCCAGCCUCAGCCUGCCCCUGUGCACAUCCUCCUGCUUAAUCUGACCCUGGCGGACUUGCUCCUGUUGCUGCUGCUGCCCUUCCGGAUCGUGGAAGCAGCAUCCAACUUCCGCUGGUACCUACCAAAGAUCGUGUGCGCGCUGACAGGCUUCGGCUUCUACAGCAGCAUCUACUGCAGCACGUGGCUGCUGGCGGGCAUCAGCAUGGAACGCUACCUGGGAGUGGCCUUCCCGGUGCAGUACAAGUUAUCCCGCCGGCCACUGUAUGGAGUGAUCGCUGCUCUGGUGGCCUGGAUCAUGUCCUUUGGCCACUGCACCAUCGUCAUCAUCGUUCAGUACCUGAACUCAACUGAGCAGGUGGGCACUGAGAACCAAAUAACCUGCUACGAGAACUUCACCCAAGAGCAGCUGGAUGUGGUACUGCCCGUACGACUGGAGCUGUGCCUGGUCCUGUUUUUCGUUCCCAUGGCAGUCACCAUCUUCUGUUAUUGGCGCUUCGUGUGGAUCAUGCUCACGCAGCCCCACGUUGGGGCUCAGAGGCGACGCCGGGCAGUGGGCCUGGCUGUUGUGACGCUUCUUAAUUUCCUGGUGUGCUUUGGACCCUACAACAUGUCCCACCUGGUGGGGUUCUACCUGAGGCAGAGCCCCUCGUGGCGGGUGGAGGCUGUGGUGUUCAGUUCCCUCAAUGCCAGCCUGGAUCCAUUAUUGUUCUACUUCUCCUCCUCCGUGGUGCGCAGAGCUUUUGGGAAAGGUUUGCUACUGAUCCGCAAUCCUGCCUCCUCUAUGCUGGGCAGGGGAGCCAAAGAGACAGUGGAGGGGACCAAGAUGGACAGGGGUGGAAGUCAAGCAGAAGGGGUACAGAGUUCUGAAUUUGUCACCGAGUAGAGAGUCCCCCGGAUCUUCCCGAGCAUUUGGGUCACCCAGAAGUUGGUCUGGUUAGCAGAGCUCCUGAGACUUGGUAAAAGAUAAAAGAUUAAGAAAGAAAGAAAGAAAGAAAGAAAGAAAGAAAGAAAGAAAGAAAGAAAGAAAGAAAGAAAGAAAGACACCUCCACCCAUCUGCCACUGCCCUCUCAGCUCAGCAGAACCACUUGACUGAAUUUUCCUGCCCAGAGAAGCAUAGCUCCAGGAUACAAGAAGGAAUGGCUACACCCUUACACUGUAUUUUCACAGUGGGGUCAGGGGCUCAGAAGCAAGGUGACUAAUAGGGGUGCAGUAAUAAAAGUAAUUUUUUUCCUCGAGCUUGGAAAUGCCACCUAGAGACAGUGAUCUGGCUGGUGAUGCUGGAAAGAAGCCAAUGGAAAAGAUGGGGGGAGAUGGGGGGAAGAAGAGGAAUGCCGGGAAAGCUCUAAGCCACAGCCUUGAGGCAGGGGCUGAGGGCGGGCAACACACAGGGCUCCCAUCUCUGGUGAUCUUGGCCUUUCUAUAUCCGAUUGAGCUGUCCUUUGUACAUGUGCUCCGCUGAUUUUCAUAUUUUGGUCUUGUCUCCACUGUUAUGCCGGGAUCUGGGUCACAUGCUUAUCCUCUGUGUCACCAGUCACUGGGUCUAGGAGAUGUCUUGGUACCCGUCUGUCUGACAUUGACAAUGACCUGAAAGGAAGGAUUAAAAAGAAAAUCUGGUUUGGCAGGUAAAAAUAAAGAUUAUGAAAGUC